ACUUCCCAGGAGCAGAAGUGACUCUCCAAAGGAAUAUUAUUUUCCACUUCCAGCUUACUGAGAACCGAGAGAAAAUUUUGAAACGCAAUAUCACUUGAGUCAGUCGCUUUAUAGUUGCUGCAACAAGCUGAAACUGAUGUAGAUUCUGCUUAAACUUUGCCGGCGCAGACGUCGCACUCUCACCAGCAAGGCCAGUGAGUGUCUGCCAAGUUUUCAUUUUAGCUUACUAGCAAAAUGGGGAACCAGCUGACGGGGGCAGCGCCGCUGCAGAUCCUUCCUGUCGAACACUAUUUAACAGAUCUGCCAGAGUAUGAUUUUGUUUGCAGUCUUGGCAGUACAAGGUUCUUCAAGGUGGCCCAGGCCAAGCACAAGGAGGGCAAUGUGGUGGUGAAAGUGUUUGUGGUCCAUGACCCGUCCCUGCCGUACACGUUACACGGGAAGAAGAUAGAAGAAGUGAACAUGAGGCUGUUAAAUGCCACCAACUGUCUGCCAUUCCAAAAAACUGUGCUGUCAGAGACGUCCAAGGCAGCCUUCAUCUUCCGCCAGUUUAUCAAGGACAGUCUGUAUGACAGGAUCAGCACACGGCCCUUCCUGAUUGCGAUAGAGAAGAAGUGGAUUGCGUUCCAGUUGCUGUGUGCUUUAAACCAGUGCCACAAGCUGCAGGUGUGUCAUGGUGACAUAAAAUCAGAAAACGUCCUGGUGACAUCAUGGAACUGGGUGCUGUUGACAGACUUUGCCAGCUUUAAACCCACAUACCUACCUGAUGACAACCCAGCAGAUUUCUCCUACUUUUUUGACACGUCGAGAAGAAGAACAUGUUACAUCGCGCCGGAGAGGUUUAUCGAAAGCACAGGCAUGUCCGAGGCCGCGCAGCGAGCUCGAGCUAGCUGGAGACACUCUGGGAAUUUUACGAAUAGAAACAGCAAGAACAGUGAGAGUCAGGUCCAGCAGAACAUAGACCUCACCACCAGUGUCAUCAAGAAGGGAGAUCUUAACUCUGCCAUGGAUAUAUUUUCUGCAGGGUGUGUGAUAACAGAGUUAUUCACUGAGGGCACUCGUCCCUUUGACCUGUCCCAGCUCCUGGAGUACAGGAAGGGAGACAAGGACUGCUAUAGUCCCUGGCAGAUACUGGAGAGAAUUGAUGACAGACAUAUCAGGGAACUUGUGCGUAACAUGAUAGAACGCGACCCAAGACACCGACUAACAGCGGAGGAAUACCUGAUACAGCAGAGAGGGAAAGCUUUUCCAGAAUACUUCUACACCUUUGCCAAGUUAUACCUGCAGAGAUUUGCCAGUGUUCCCAUUAUGUCCUCUGAUGACAGAGUGAUGAGGAUCAAGAAAGACUUGCAACAGAUUUUCAUCCAGCUGGGGGUCGAUGAGGACCACCCAGAAAAGAACAUGGGACUUGUGCUGUUUAUAUCUGUUAUAACUUCUAGUUUGAGAAGUUUACAUUAUUGCAGUUCCAAAUUGACAGCUCUAGAGAUCAUGCUGUCCUUGUCCAAAUAUGUCACCUCUGAUGUCAUACUGGACAGACUGGUCCCCUACAUGCUUUUGCUAGUUAAUGACCAAUUUGCCCGUGUUCGUGCAGAGACGGUGCGUGUGUUGACACAUUCGUUGGACCAUGUGAGGUCUGUCCCAAGGAGAUUUCUGGAAUUGGUUCAGUUAAACGGGUCAUCUGAGGAUAAGGGGACCUCAGCAGGGCAGGAGGAUGCCCAGUACGAGGGAAGUUACGACGCGGAGCUCCAAGCUUUACAUGAAACCAUACAGCAAAAGGUGCAGAUGUUGCUUAGCGACCCUGCAAACAUAGUGAAACAGACGCUGAUUGAGAACGGAAUCACAAAACUUUGUGUUUUCUUUGGAAGGCAGAAAGCCAAUGACACCUUGCUGUCUCACAUGAUCACAUUUUUGAAUGACAAAUAUGACUGGCAACUGAGAGGAGCCUUCUUCGACUGUAUUGUGGGUGUGGCAGCUUAUGUUGGAUGGCAGAGUUCUUCUAUACUGAAACCUCUACUAGAACAGGGUCUAAGUGAUAUAGAGGAGUUUGUGAUUCACAAGGCCCUGGCUGCUGUGACGUCUCUGGUGGAACUGGGGCUAAUACAGAAACCAAUACUACAUGAACUGUUGAAGGAGAUUGUUCCCUUUUUGGCACACCCUAAUGACUGGAUCAGGUUUGGAGCAGCAGGGGUGAUAGCGGCAGUGGCACGCAGCCUUAACAUAGCAGAUGUUCACUGUCACCUCCUGCCAUUGGUACAGCCUUUUCUGCAACAAACCAUCAUACAGGUGGAUAAAGAGGUUGUCUUGAUGAAUGCUCUACAGGACCCCCUCCCCAGAGCCAUCUAUGAUUAUGUCAUCAAAUCUCCACUGAUUGACAAAUUUUUUGAGGUGCUGAAGAACAGAAAGAUCUCCCGAGACAUCACCCGACACGGGUCGCCAAAUUACGAUGAAAUGGAUGAAAAUUUGAACCAGAUGUUCAGAAAAUUGUUCUCUCAAGGACUAGGAGACAAAGAGGAGGAUAAACUUUUGUCUAUGAAGGAUUUUAUGCUGAAGAUCAACAGAAUGAGAUCAGGCUACUCAGAGUCUGGGAGCAGUUUUGAAGAAGAAACUUUCAAAAGUGGUGUUCUCGACAUUUCAAGUCUUGGCAACCUCGUGACACGUCGACAUGCAGACAUGAUCAAACCGGAGCAGAAGGCCGAGUUACAGCUUAACGCCAGCAGGAAAAAGAGUAAAAAACCCACCACCGGAGAAAGCAUGACUUCUACCAUGAAUGAAGAAUGGAAACACAUGUUCGGGGCUGCUGAGGAAGACACCAACCCCCAGCUGCCAAAACCAGGAAAACAAAAACAGGAGCUUGGUCUCCCUGAACCGACCCUCACCCACAUGACGACGGACCCCAAGAUGUCCCCGCUGUGUCAGUCCAUGGACCAGAGUCCGAACCAGUCCACCCUGGGGCUGUCCCAGGGGGGGACAGUGGUGGAGGGGGUGCCCCAGAAACCCGUGAUGGUGACCAAGAAUGAAAAACUGCAGUUACAGAGUAAAAUUUCACCUUGUAAAUUGGAACUCAGAAACCUGGUUUAUGAGAAACGUGAGCAGUAUUUGCACGACUGUAUUACAAGGGAGCUAUCAGAUAACGCUACCCAUGAUCCUCGCCCGCCGCCUUCAACAUGGCGACCGAAGGGGUUGCUGGUGGCGCAUCUCCACGAACAUAGAGCAGCAGUGAAUAGAAUUCGAGUCAGCGAGGAUCACCAGUUGUUUGCAACCUGCUCUAAUGACGGCUGUGUUAAAUUAUGGGAUGGAAGUAGAAUGGAAGGAAAGAGUGUCACUAAUAGAUCAAGGCAGACGUACAACAAACAAGGUGGCCAGAUCAAAUGUUUGUCUUUCUGUGAGAGUUCCCAAUCCCUGGCAGCAGGAUCUGACAAUGGCACAAUCCAUGUUCUUAGAAUUGAUCCAGCACACAAAAUGUCUGCAGUGUUGUCAGAAUCGGUUGAUACGGAGGAGCACGGGACUCUGGUGGACAUGAAUUAUUUUGAUACUGGCUCCCAGUCGGUAUUGGCCUAUGCCACAGUCAGUGGUCAUAUUAUAGGAUGGGACCUUAGGUCACCCAGGAAAGCAUGGACACUAAAGAAUGACCCCAGGCAUGGGUUGAUCACAUCAUUCAGUGUCCAUCAUCAGCUGGCCUGGCUGGCCUUGGGGACCAGUAAUGGCACACACCUCUGCUGGGAUAUGAGAUUUCAACUCCCUAUUACUACUGUAUUACACCCCACAGGUGCCCGUGUGAGAAGAGUGACCCCGUAUCCUCUCCACCCCUCCUGGCUGGUGUCAGCAGUACAGGGGAAUAAUGAGGUGUCAUUCUGGGACUUGGAGACUGGUGCCAGACAGAAGACCCUCUGGGCCAGCUCUGCACCUCCACUGUCUACUACUCAGACGUCCAGUCACUCAGUGAAUGGUCUGUACCUGGGGGUGACAGAGGGAAGUAACUUCCUCCUGACGGCAGGCAGUGACAUGAGGGUCAGAUACUGGGAUCUACAGACUCCCACUAACUCCCACAUCGUGUGUGGAGCAGCCAGCGACCCUAUCAACCAGCAGACUACUGUCUCCUAUGAGUCUAAGCUAAUAGAGGGCACUGAGGUGCUCCAGGAGAACUACGCCAAGGUGAAAGGGGCAGGCGUGGAUGACGUACCACGGCGUAGUCCCGAUGCCCCGCCCCAGGGUCAUCAUGACAUUAUUACAGACAUUAACACAUUCCAGACAACACAGUGCUUUAUAGUGACCUGCUCCAGGGAUGGGGUGGUGAAAGUCUGGAAAUAAGCCUCUGAUAUCUAUAUUGGAACUUUAAAUUUAAGAAAUACAAUCCUGGUGCAAUAAUUCUGUGUAUUUAGAUAUUAUUUUCAACUAAAUUCUGUCAUUUUGAGUGACUCGGUAUAUAACUAUGUGCAAGAAAGAAAUUGGGAAAUUGAAGGGACUGUUGUGCGAAUAUCUUGUGGAGGAAGACUUUUAAGUUAAAAGUUUUACAAGCUUUUGAGAUGAGAAGAACUAACUGCAGUCCUUGCAGGUUUUUUAUAGAAUAGCAUCCCAUUUCCAUAGAUUUUUAGAUCGAUCUAUCCCUGUGGGGAGUCUCACUAGAUUACUGUCAGCUUGGCCGGCUUAAGCGUCUGUCCCGCCUGCUAAAAGCUGUAAUGGGGUAAUUAAAUAAGGUGUCCGCUCGGCUGACUGCAAUUUAGCCUGAACCCCCAGGGAGUUACGUCGAUCUAAAACUUAAUCUUUAGAUCGAUCUAAAUCUCUGGGAAAGCACCCAUAGAUAGCAGAAAUUCAGAUGAAUGUGGCAGAGACUACUCUAGAGAAAGGAGUAGGGUGAAAUACAUUAACCCUUGUGAAUUUUUUGUCAUUUGAUAUCAGUACUUAUGAAGGACUUGAUUUAUAAAUAAGAGAAAAAAAUUAAAUCUGUUCAAUAAAUGAAAUUGUAGCGGAGAGUACAAUUGAAUUUUAAGAAUAAAGUGUGACAGAUAAUGAAAUUAUAAGAUGUUGUAAUCAGCUACUGCCUCGUGGCAUGAAGCACAACUGAGUUAUUUUAAUAUUCAUUGAAAAAUUUAUGUGAGGUAGUGAGUCAAAGAAUUAAUACUCUUACCUUUAUUGUACUGAUCAUGAAAUGAUCCUAUUUGAUUUAUGAAGUAGUGAGAAUGGUGGAACAUACCAUUUUUAAGAAUUCAUUUGUGAUUUUUCAUAUUAUUUGUUUGUGUUGUUUAUUGUUGUUAAUAUGUUAUUUCAGUGCCUAACUGAAAUUUUCAAGUAUUAUUGAAGUAGCAGCAAUGAAAAAAAAAAACUUGUAAAAUAACACAUAAUAGAAUGUUAUUUGCAGAACCUGUACUGCUACUAGUUAUUGGUUGUAUGAUAAUGUGUCAGAAAAUGUGUAAUAAAAUUA